AUGAUUUCGGUUUCAACCUUCUUCUGUACGGUGGUGUGCGCGAUGGUAGCUGCCUCAAGGCUCACGGCCGGGGCCGUCGUGCGACAGUACACCUGUGACAACUACUUCCAAUCCUGGUGCCAGCUGCACAACGUUACGAUCCACAUGGAAGCCGACAUCCCGUCGUCGAUGUUUCCCCGGGAGCGCCAGCUCGGUUUCGUCCACGGCACGAUCGGGAACUUCUCGCACGCCUUCAACAACCAGCUGUUCAGGGCGGGCGUCCUGCGGCUGUUUGCCCGCGGCACCCACAUCGAGCACCUCACCAUGCCAAGCACGGUCGAUCAGCUAUACCUGCGCGACAACGGUCUGCGCACGAUCGAGAUCGAUCACCGGACACGCUACACGCUGCGCUAUCUGCGCGUGCAGAUGAACAAACUGCGCACCGUGUUCCGGUUCGAGCACCUGACGCAACUGCUCGAGCUCAAUCUCUGCGACAAUCAGCUCGAGGCCGUCCCGCUCGAUACGUUCGCCACGAUGACCAACCUGCGGCAGCUGAUCCUGUGCGGCAACCACAUCAAAUCGCUGGUCCCGGCACUCCCGCAGCUUACGGUGGUGCAACUGCCCGCCCUAACACACCUCGAUCUCGGCGGGAACUUUAUCACCACGUUACCCCUGCCGCGCUGGCACUUUCCGCUGCUGGUGAACCUGGGCGUGCGGGACAAUCUGCUGACCGCGCUCGAUAGCGGCGCGAUCGUGGCACGCUUCCCGCGGCUUCGCAUCUUCGACGCAUCGGCCAACGCCCUGGACUGUCGGUCGUACCGCGAGGCGCUGCGAAUCUUCGCCAACCGCUCCAUCGUGCAUCUGAUCGAUCGGCGGAUGUGUGACGCCGUGGACGAUGCCGAUGCCGAGGGCACCGAUGACAGCCAAACCACCACCGGAAUCACGCCGCGCAACGACGGUAAUGGCAUCGGCGGACCGCCAUCACCGUCACCGGGGCAGGAAAUUCGACACCUCAAAGAGCGCAUCUUUCUGCAGCAGCGCACCAUUCAGCGGCAGCGGAUGGAAAUCGAACAGCUGCGCGCCAACCUGACGACCCUGAUGGAGCAGUUCGACCUGGUGGCGGGCCCUGCCAGGGCCCUUGAUCCAUUCUAG